AGCUGUGGAGAUGCGAAAACAAGGGAAGAGACAUGGACAACUUUUGUACUAGCAUGAUGAUGGUCACUUGUCACCUGCCACGGUUUGUCCUCACCUAACAUGUAAUACACCGAUCGAGGUCUGCUACCACGUCACAAUUCACCAGAUAGCACCAAAAUAUCUUGCAAUCCUAUCACGGACUGACAGUGACUCAAUCACUCGCUCAAUCGAUGGGUCGGGCUGGUGACCACGCCAGCGCCGGCGCGGCCGACGGCCGGCUGGAGGCGUUGCUCUCCGGCGCCGGCGCCGGCUCGGAGGAGCCGUGGCUGAGGCGCAUGGCGGCGGCGGCGGCGCUGGAGCUGCGGCUUCUCGCGCCACUGGCCGCGCCGGCCGUGGUGGUGUACAUGCUCAUCAUCGUGAUGUCGUCGGCCACGCAGAUCUUCUGCGGCCAGCUCGGCAACGUCCAGCUCGCCGCCGCCUCCCUCGGCAACAACGGCAUCCAGGUCUUCGCCUACGGCCUCAUGCUGGGGAUGGGGAGCGCGGUGGAGACGCUGUGCGGGCAAGCCUACGGCGCGGAGAAGUACGAGAUGCUGGGCGUGUACCUGCAGCGCUCGACGGUGCUGCUCACGGCCACCGGCGUGCCGCUCGCCGUCAUGUACGCCUUCUCGGAGCCCAUCCUCCUCCUCCUCGGCCAGUCGCCGGAGAUCGCCGCCGCCGCCGCCGAGUUCGCCUACGGCCUCAUCCCGCAGAUCUUCGCGUACGCGGCCAACUUCCCCAUCCAGAAGUUCCUGCAGGCGCAGAGCAUCGUGGCGCCGAGCGCCUACAUCCUGGCGGCCAGCCUCGCGCUCCACGUGGCGCUGAGCUGGGUCGCCGUGUACAGGCUGGGCCUCGGCCUGCUCGGGGCCUCGCUCACGCUGAGCCUGACGUGGUGGGUGCUGGUGGCGGGCCAGUUCGCGUACAUCGUGUGGAGCCCAAGGUGCAGGCACACGUGGACCGGGUUCACUUGGGCCGCCUUCGCCGACCUGCCCGGGUUCGCCGGGCUGUCCGUGGCGUCGGCGGUGAUGCUGGCGCUCGAGGUGUGGUACUUCCAGGUGCUCAUCCUCCUCGCCGGCAUGCUGCCGGACCCACAGGUCGCGCUUGACUCGCUGACGGUGUGCACUUCGAUCCAGUCAUGGGUGUUCAUGAUCUCCGUGGGCUUCAAUGCCGCUGCCAGCGUGAGAGUAGGGAAUGAAUUGGGCGCCGGCAACCCCAGGUCUGCCGCGUUCUCCGCGUGGAUGGUCACCGCCCUGUCGGCGUUCGUCUCGGCCAUAGCCAGUCUCGUCACUUUCCUGCUCAGGGACAAGCUCAGCUACAUCUUCACCGGAGGCGAGAUCGUCUCGCGCGCCGUCGCCGAUCUGUGCCCCCUGCUCGUUGGGACCAUUGUGCUCUGCGGGAUCCAGCCCGUGUUAUCAGGCGUGGCUGUUGGCUGUGGGUGGCAAGCAAUGGUAGCAUACAUCAACAUUGGAUGCUACUACUUCAUCGGCCUACCAAUCGGUGUUCUUCUUGGAUUUAAGUUUGACUAUGGCAUCAAGGGAUUGUGGGGAGGCAUGAUUGGGGGCACCCUGAUUCAAACACUUAUUCUGAUCUGGAUCACGUUCAGGACUGAUUGGAACAAGGAGGUCGAGGAAGCGAGGAAAAGAUUAGAUAAGUGGGACGACACAAGGCAGCCUCUUCUGGCUAACAAGGAGUGAUGAUGUCAGGAAUGGAUGAAGAAGAGUCAAUAUGCUGCUGCAAGUAGAUCCAAUCUCCAAUAUUCUUCAGUGCCAUCUCAUCUCCCACUGCUAAACUGCAAUUAUAGACCACUCAAUUCAGUAACGUACUAAUGUGUAGUUCGGUCAGUUUCGUAUGAGAUCAUGCUGUUUCAGAAUUAAAAAACUAAUUCUCCUCACCUAAUGAUACUAAUUUGAGGCCACAAA